UAACCGUGUUCGAGAUGGCUAAGCUCUUCCUCCUAGUGUUGUUCCUUGGUGCUCUCGUUUGCUCCACUAGUGGUAGGAAGCUUUUGGGCAAGGAGGCCUUCGAGGAGCAGAAGUGGUACCACCACCACGGCGGUCUUGGUGGCGGUGUUGGCAGAGGAUAUGGGUUCGGUGGUGGAGGCGGCGUAGGUGGUGGAGCUGGAGCUGGAGCUGGCUUUGGUCGUGGAGGUGGGUUAGGUCACGGUGGUGGGCUUGGUGGAGGUGGGUUUGGAGGAGGUGGUGGUGGUGGAUUUGGUGGAGGUUUCGGAGGUGGAGCGGGAGCUGGCGGUGGGGUGGGAGGUGGGUCCGGUCUAGGUGGGGGUGGAGGGUUCGGAGGCGGCGGUGGCGGUGGGUUCGGUGGAGGUGGAGGAGUUGGCGGUGGAGUUGGAGGUGGGUUUGGAGGAGGAGCCGGGGGUGGCUAUGGUGGUGGGUUCCCUUGAGAGUUCUCAUGAACCGUUCUCUCCAUUCGAACAACAAGUGAUGGGAACUUUGGCUCGCAUAUUUAACGGCUACCAUGUGUGCUGUCCGUGUGAUAAGUCUGUUAUACUAGUCAAGAAUAAGUGCGUUGCAUAACGGUUAUGUAAUGAUCCCGAUCAUGUGAAUGAUAUUGCUAUUGUACGCAAUUAUAUAGAAGCUUCAAGUGCGUGAUUGUUUA